AUGACAGUCAGGGUUUCAUACGGAGAGAUGAUAUGUUGCGAUAAUGAUUUAUGUCCAGUAAAAUGGUUUCAAUGUUCUGGUGUUUCAUUAUCAACAAAACCAAAAAGUAUAUGGUUUUGCCCCAAGUGUCGUGGAGAUUGUCCAAAUAAAAUGAAGCCUAAAGCGCAGUUACUCAAAGAACUUAUUCAAAGUGAAUCUAGUUUAAAAACAGAAUAUGAGCUGGAAGCAGUGAAAAUUCAAAUUCAAGAGGUACGUAAUGGAUGUAAACGCAAGGCUUCUAAUGACAUUUAUGAAAGAUUACGGAAAGAGAUAUCACCCAUAGAGAAUAAUGAAGUAAUAGGAAGCAAUGACAACCCCGUUCGAAAAAUCGUCAAGACGGCGUCUAUAUUCACACAGGUGUUCAACUCGGACGACUCGUUGACCGGACCCAUCGUACUCGGGUUCGCCGUCAUCGGGUUCUUCGCCGCGUUGUUGCUGAUAUGCGACGUACUAAUCGAGAUUGCGAAGGGAUGUGCGGCACAUCUUUUGCCACUGGUGAUUCCCGACCGGACUCCGCUGAGUGCCAAGUACGGCAAAUGGGCAGUGGUCACUGGUUCUACAGACGGUAUUGGGAAAGAAUACGCCAAGGAAUUAGCCAAGCGAGGUCUCAACAUUGUAUUGAUUAGCAGAUCAAUUGAUAAAUUAAAUAAGAUUGCUUCAGAAAUAGAACAAGAGUUUAAUGUCGAAGUCAAAGUUAUACAAGCCGACUUUAGCAAAGGGCAGGUCGUGUUCGAUCACAUCGCCAAAGAAUUAGACAACAUCGAAAUCGGAAUACUAAUCAACAACGUUGGCAUGCAAUACUUAUAUCCAAUGUACAUAACCGAAGUACCGGAAUCGACCGUAUGGGACUUGGUGAAUGUUAACGUUGGUGCUACCACACACAUGACGAAACUCGUGUUGCCUGGCAUGCAAAAACGGAAACGGGGAGCCAUUGUAAACGUUUCGUCCAGUGCAGAAUUGCAGCCCAUGCCACUGUUGGCCGUGUAUGCAGCAACCAAGUCAUACAUAAAAAGUUUUACCGAAGCACUUCGCAUCGAAUAUGGAGAAGACAAUAUAACGGUGCAACAUCUUUUCCCGUUGUUCGUUAACACAAAAAUGAAUGCUUUCAGCUACAAAUUACAAGAGACGACUUUAUUCGUACCCGAUGCAAAGAUGUACGCCACGAAUGCCGUGAACACACUGGGCAUGGUGGACCACUCCACCGGUUAUUGGGCCCACGGUAUUCAGCAUUUCUUUAUGAGACUGCCGCCAGUAUGGAUAAGAACUUUGAUUGGAGAAUUUAUGACUCAUUCCUUUAGAAGUGAUUAUUUUUGUAAAAAAGGUUUAAAAGUAGAAUAAUUUUUAAAGAAUGUAUAUGCAACAAAAGUUUUACUAAUGAAAAAAAAAUUAUAUUAUAUUAUAACA